ACUAAUAAUUGCCUUCUAUAAAGAGAAGGCCAUCUUCCUCCAAGUUAACUACUUCAAACGAGCGAAGAAAGAAUAUUAGAUCAGAUUAGAGACACAGAAAAAGGCAAUUAACUAUGUCUUCCUUGCUUGAAACUGUCGUUCUGCAGCAACAAGCUGUAAAACUCCUGCUCGGGAUACUUGUAAUGUCAGCAGUAAUAUUUGAAGCAGCGGCAGCCGCUGAACCCAAUUCCAGCUGCAGUAGAAGAUGCGGAUCGCUUUACAUCCCCUACCCAUUUGGAACAUCCGAAAGUUGCUACCUUGACCCAUCUUUUCUCAUUACUUGCAAGUCCAACUUCUCCUCCGGAAUGAUUACUUAUACACCAUUUCUGCGCUUAGGCAACAUAAAAGUACUCAACAUAUCAUUGGUGGAUGGUGAAUUGCGAGUCUCAAUUCAUAUAGCCACUAAUUGCCCACUGGAAUCGAACUACAAUGCCAAUAAUUGGGGCGAUAAAAGAUUGAUCAAGCUACGAGAGUUUCCCAUAUCGUAUACAAAGAACGUGCUCACCGCAGUCGGUUGCGACACUCUAGGGCUCAUUACAAGUUCUGAGUCUUCAGACAAUAAUUAUACGACUGGAUGCGUGUCACGCUGUUACAGCACCAAAGGUAUGGUUAACGAUUUUUGCUCUGGCAGAGGCUGUUGCCAGACUCCUAUCCCAGAUGGAAUAAAAUAUUUUACUGUGUCCGUUGAAAGCCUUAAAAACCACUCCGAAGUGAGCAAAUUCAAUCCAUGUGGUUUCGCCUUUGUCGUGGAAAAAAAAGAAUACAAGUUUUCAAUCUUAGAUCUUCAGAAUAUGCAGAAUAAAUAUGCUUUUCCCUUGGUGCUAGAUUGGGCAAUUGGAAAUAAGACAUGCGAAGUUGCCAAGAAAAUUAAUACUACAGGAUACGCAUGUAAGGCAGUGAAUAGUGAAUGUUACGAUUCCACAAACGGUCCUGGGUAUCGCUGCAACUGCUCCCCAGGCUAUGAAGGAAACCCAUAUCUCUCUGGUGGUUGCAAUGAUAUUGAUGAGUGUAAAACUCCAAAUCAUGGGUGCGCUGAUAAUGCAUGUGUCAACCAUGUGGGAUCUUACAACUGUUCAUGCCCCAUGGGGUACCAAGGAGAUGGGUGGAAAAAUGGAAGUGGUUGCAUUUCCGAUAUUCCUAAACCAAGCAAUUCUAAGAAUAUCAUCAUUGCACUGUGUAUCAGCAUAAGUCUCUCUGUCUUGCUGUUGGGAGGUUCUUCAGUGCUAUUGGGAUUGAAAAGAAGGAAGCUCAUCAAACUCCAAGAAAAGUACUUCCAACAAAAUGGUGGCUUAAUGUUACAAGAACAUAUUUCGAAUCAUGGAAGGUCUAUGGAGACAACGAAAAUCUUUAGUAAUGACGAGCUUAAAAAGGCCACCAACAAUUAUGAUGAGAGUACAGUCCUUGGCAAAGGGAGUUAUGGAACUGUUUACAAAGGAGUAUUACCCGAUAACAAAGUGGUUGCCAUCAAAAAGUCCAAAAUCUGUGAUAAGAGCCCAAUCGAGCAAUUCAUUAAUGAGGUGAUUUUGCUUACCCAAAUCAAUCAUAGAAAUGUGGUUAAACUAAUAGGUUGCUGUCUUGAAACAGAAGUUCCCUUACUUGUUUAUGAAUUCAUCACAAAUGGGACUCUUUCUGACCAUAUUCAUGAUAUAAGUCGUGCUUCUUCUCUUUCAUGGGAAAAACGUUUGAAGAUAGCAACAGAAAUAGCAAGAGCCCUUGCAUACCUACAUUCUGAAACUUCUAUGCCAAUUAUACAUAGAGAUGUGAAAAGUACUAAUAUACUAUUAGAUGAUAACCACACAGCAAAAGUGGCUGACUUUGGAGCUUCAAGAUUGAUAGCUCUUGAUCAAACAGAAAUAACCACCUUGGUGCAAGGAACUCUCGGGUACUUAGAUCCUGAAUACUUCCAAACUGGCCAGCUAACCGAAAAAAGUGAUGUGUACAGCUUUGGUGUUGUGUUAGCAGAGCUGCUGACAGGUGAAAAAGCAAUUUCUACCAAUAGGCCUGAAACUUAUAAAAACCUAGCAAUGUAUUUUGUUUCUGCAAUGAAAGAGGAUCGUCUUUUUCACAUUCUUGAGGAUCACAUUGUCAAUGAGGGUAAUAUCGAGCCAUUAAAGGAAGUUGCUAAUCUUGCAAAAGGGUGCUUAAGGUUAAGAGGGGAGGAUAGGCCCACUAUGAUGGAAGUGGCAAUGGAGCUAGAAGGAUUGAGAAUUAUGGAAAAGCAUCCAUCUGAAAAGGAUAAUCAAACCAUAGAAGAAAUGGAAUACUUGCUUAAUACACCUACACUCUCUUUCAACAUUGAUAAUGGUGCUAGUUCUUCUGCAAGUGCAGCUUGUGGACAUGAUAGCAUGACAAACCGACUCUUGAACACCCUAGAUGAUGGCCGAUAAGUAACUAAGUGGCAAUAAUUGAUUUAUAUAAAUCACUUAGGUCCAUUCGUGAGCUUCUAUAUGCAUAUUAAUGUUGUGUAAUAAUGUUGUAGACUACCAUGGAUAAUUCAGUAUCUAUUUCUGGUUGUCCCUCUUUCACUAAAUUUUUGUAGUUGGAUGUAACUUGGAACAAUUUUGUGUUCCUCGAAGUGAACAAAUUAGUUUGAUACCAUGGAUCAUUCA